AUACUACUUUACGUCAAACGAAUGGUGUGUUUUGCUGUAGGCAUGGCGAAAAGUUCCAUUGCGUCGCUUUUGCUAGUUUUUCUACCGAUUUGUUAUGGACAAACGGACCCUCAACCGCAACAGAUUCACUUGUCAAGUACAGGAGACCCAACGGAAAUGAUGGUCACAUGGGUGACUUUAGCACAAACAGAAUACAGUGUUGUGCAAUACAACAAAGCCGGUUUACCCCUAACGCUUCAGACCUCAGGUACCGUAACCAAAUUCACUGAUGGAGGAUCAGCACACAGAGUGCUGUGGAUGCACAGAGUGAAACUAACAGGAUUGAUGCCUGAUCAAGUAUAUGAAUACCACUGUGGAGGAAUGGAAGGCUGGAGUGCUCUCUAUGAGUUUAAAGCUCUUCAAUCUGGUGUAGACUGGAGUCCUAGAAUGGCAGUGUUUGGAGAUAUGGGCAGUGUUAAUGCUAAAUCAAUCAGCUUUCUGCAAGAAGAAACUCAACAAGGACUCUAUGAUGCCUUCCUUCAUGUUGGUGAUUUUGCAUAUAACAUGGACACUGACAAUGCUUUAGUUGGAGAUGACUUUAUGAAUCAAAUUCAGUCAAUUGCUGCCUAUGUACCAUACAUGACAUGUCCUGGAAAUCAUGAAUCUGCUUACAACUUUUCCAACUACAAAAACAGGUUUUCAAUGCCAGGAAAUACUGAGAAUAUUUACUACAGCUGGAACAUUGGUCCUGCACAUAUCAUUUCCAUUUCAACGGAAGUGUACUUUGAUUAUCAGUACGGAAUUGAGCAGAUUGUCCAACAGUAUAAAUGGUUGGAAAGAGACCUGCAGGAGGCUACAAAACCAGAAAAUCGUGCUCAACGCCCUUGGAUUAUUACUAUGGGUCAUAGGCCAAUGUACUGCAGUAACUCUGAUGGUGAUGACUGCACCAAACAUGAGAGCAAAGUUCGCACUGGGAUCACAUCUGAACAUCUCUUUCGUCUGGAGGAUUUGUUUUAUAAAUAUGGUGUGGACUUGAUGCUUUGGGCUCAUGAGCAUUCAUAUGAACGUCUUUUCCCUAUCUACGACAGGCAGAUUUGCAAUGGAUCAGUUGAACAGCCUUAUACCAACCCUUGUGCUCCAGUACAUUUAACCACAGGAUCAGCGGGAUGUCAAGAAGACCAUGACCCAUUCGAGAAAGAUUACCCCCCUUGGACAGCUUUCCGUUCAGAUGAUUAUGGCUACACCCGUAUGACAAUUCACAACAAGACCCACUUGUACAUGGAUCAAGUCAGUGUGGAUAAGCAAGGUGAAGUCAUUGACAAAGUAAUGAUUAUCAAAGAGGAGCAUGGACCUGAUGCUUGGAUACGAAAUAAAUUGAAGGCAUAAAUUGAAUUAAGAGUGCAACUCUUCACAGUUCACACUGUAGAGUUGUCAGAAUUUUUCUAUAACUUUGUGAUUCUUAGUAAAAUUUUCCAUGGCAGUUGAAA